AUGGAUAUUCACAAAGACAUCAGAACAGGCAGACUGACGGCUACUGGUCUCCAGCAGUAUCUUGAGACCCAUGGCAUCAACGACACCGAUAGCAAAGGCUGGACAUUACUUGCAACAGCCGUCAGAGCGGGACACUUGAAGAUGGUUGAACUCCUGCUGAAGCAACACGCCGACCCCAACACCAAGAGCCAUGGAUUUGCCCCCAUCCAUCUGGCAGUGACGGCAAAAGCCGAACGUCUCCAGAUAAUUAGCUUGCUGCAUAGCGCAAAGGCAGAUCUGAACGCCCAAGACCCUGAUGGCAAUACAGCUAUCAUCAGUGCCGUCGAGCAGACGCAGGAUGAUAAAGUCAUCAGGCUACUUCGCAGACUAGGUGCCAAUCUAGAUGCUCAAGGACGCUCCGGUAAGACAGCCAAGCAGCUAGCGGAGAGCUCGAACAAUAUGCUCGUUCGGCAAGCUGUCCAGCCGGAUCGGCCUAUCCUUGACAGGCUGAGAACGGUGACCUGGAUUGUUAAUGUUGUUGUUGGAGCUUUCCGCUAUGUCGUCCGGACAUUUAUCCAGAAACCAGUUUACAAAAUCUUCGAUGUCUUCAAAGGCAGGCGUCAAGCUCCCCCGCAGCCAGCUCAAGCCGGGCCCGCGAUCAAGCAUCCCCAAACCGAAGCAGGCUUCAAGAAGAGCCUCGAUAGCUACAUCGAGGAUAGCUGUCUGGACAAGUUCUUUUCCCCUGGCAGCAAAUUCCUGCAAGAGGUGUCUCAGAAGGCGGCCAAACUGAAGGAUGACCCUAGAAAUAAAUACAAGCCAGACCAAAUAAAGGACCUCACGCGCGUUGCCCUCUACCAACCCGUUCUCUACUGUGACGACAGCUCGUCGAUGCGAGAGGAAAUGCGGUGGGAGGCUCAGCGGGAGCUUGUCAAGCGCAUCACAAACAUCGCCACCCAACUGGUCCCUGAAGACAAGGGCGUUCACCUGCGCUUCAUUAACCGCGCAGAACCCGGCUGGGAUGAUCUUCGCUCUGAGGCCAUUGAGGAAAACAUGACCUUCGAGCCCUCUGGAAACACGCAGAUCGGCACUAAGCUGAGAGACAAAAUCUUGCAGCCUUUCAUCUAUGAUGUUCUGAACCGCGGUAUACCGCUGGAGCGGCCAUAUUUGAUUAUGAUGAUUACGGAUGGGUGUCCGACAGCAGAGGCCGAGAAUACGCUCAAGGACGUUGUUAUGGAGUGCGGGAGGAAGUUGCGAGAAAAGGGAUAUGAGCGCCAAGCGGUCAUGUUCCAGAUAAGUCAGAUUGGCAACGACCAGGGUGCAGACAAUUUUCUGAAAACGCUGAUGGCCGAUGAAUCGGCCCUGAAUGAAGUUUUGCGAGCGACGGCAGAGAAAUUAGAUGAGAAAUAUGAGAGUCUCCGGAAGAAUGAGCGCGAGCUGGAGGAGUGGGUACGUAAAUAA